UGAUAUGGGUGAGCAAUCGAGCUUCGCGAAGCUACUACUUUGUACGUGGCGGCAAGGUACGAGCACCGCCGCGCGACGUGUCCCGUUGCUUCUGCCUAUAAAUGCCGCCUGCUCCAAUCUCCUUUCCAACACAAGCAGUCGAUUCAUCCAAGCCAGAGUUGAGCAAUACUAGCAGUGAGAUUUGGCCCUUCCGAUCGAGUGAUUUCAGUUCGUGUUUGUUAGUGAGAGAGAAGACAAGCGGAGAUGGCCUCCAACCAGAACCAGGCGAGCUACAUGGCCGGCGAGACCAAGGCCCGCACCGAGGAGAAGACCGGGCAGAUGAUGGACAAGGCGGGCCAGGCCACGGAGGCCACCAAGCAGAAGGCCGGCGAGACGGCCGAGGCCACCAAGCAGAAGGCCGGCGAGGCCAAGGACAAGACGGCCCAGACGGCUCAGGCGGCCAAGGACCGCGCCGCCGAGAGCAAGGACCAGACCGGCAGCUUCCUCGGCGAGAAGACUGAGGCGGCCAAGCAGAAGGCGUCGGAGACGGCGCAGUACGCGCAGGAUAGGUCCUCCGACGCCGCGCAGUACACCAAGGAAUCCGCCGUUGCCGGCAAGGACAAAACCGGCAGCGUGCUCCAGCAGGCCGGCGAGACGGUGGUGAGCGCGGUGGUGGGCGCCAAGGACGCGGUGGCGAACACGCUGGGCAUGGGCGGUGACAACACCACCAAGGACACCACCACCAGGAAUCACUAGAUGCAUGCGUUCGCGCUUAAUUUGCUUUCCUUUAGUCGUGUUUGGUCGUUCACGAGCCUUCUACUAUGUUUCCACUCUUUCGUGAUUUUCCGCUCAUUUAGUGUAAGUUUGCCGCCGAUUUGAUCUACCCGUGUCCCGUUCUGUAAUGAGUUACUUAUAAUCC